AUGAGUCGGGCCAGAAGCCUAGGUGCUAGUGGCUCAGGGAAAAGUACUAUCAUUGGUCUUCUGGAAAGGUGGUAUAAUCCAGCUACUGGUGACAUCAAACUUGAUGGAGUCAGCCUGAAGAACCUGAGUGUCACCUGGCUUCGUACAACAAUACGACUUGUCCAACAGGAACCUGUUUUAUUCAAGGGAACUAUCUUUGAGAACAUCGCGACUGGUCUCGUUGGGACUCCUUGGGAGAAGGUUGCCAGAGAAAACCAAGAAGAACGUGUCAAACAGGCAGCCAAGCUUGCCUUUGCAGAUGAGUUCAUCCAGAACCUACAGGAAGGAUAUGACACACGCAUAGGUGAGAGAGGUGGAUUUCUUUCAGGAGGACAAAAGCAGAGGAUUGCCAUCGCUCGAAGUAUUGUUUCCGACCCUUCCAUUCUCUUGUUAGAUGAAGCCACCUCAGCACUCGACCCACACUCCGAAGCCACCAUUCGAGAUGCUGAUAAUAUUGUGGUCAUGUCUAAGGGCAAGAUUGUUGAGCAGGGAAGACAUGACGAUCUGGUGGCCCUCAAUGGCACUUACUCCAAGCUAGUCCAGCCACAAGAUUUCUCUACGAGCAAGGGAAACCUGGAUAUCCAGACAUCUGACGAAGAAUCGACAGCAUUUGUUGAAGCGAUAGAACCUGUUCAAUCUCUUGCAAAAUACAAUUCUGCGAUCAACGAGGACCUUACCUCUCAAAUGACGAGGGAAGACUUUGACCUUUACAAGUCUACAGGGCUUCUUCAUAUUAUCUGGAAGAUGAUCAUGUCGGCUCCUGAGCUUCGGGCUUACUUUAUUGUAAUGUCCAUUGCCUGUGCUAUUGGAGCUGCUGUUUACCCUGGACAGAAUCUGCUACUUUCAGAGGUCAUGAAGGUCUUCACAUCUUCUAAUCUAGUCAAAGGUGAUGACUUUGUAUCUCUGAUGUACUUCGUCAUUGGUCUUGGAGCCUUGGUGGUGUUUUUUGUUAUGGGAUGGAUUUCAAACAUUAUUGUCCAGACUCUGAGCCAGAAUGUCCGAGAAGGACUUUUCAGAAGUAUGCUGAAACAAGACCUUCGUUUCUUUGAUAGACCAGAGAACUCCGUUGGUGCUCUUGUCAGUCGCAUUGACACCCAGUCCCAAGCUAUUCUAGAGCUUAUGGGCUUCAACAUGGCGUUGGUCUUUGAAUCCAUCAUCAAUAUCAGUGCCAGUAGCAUCCUUGCUCUUGCAUAUACUUGGAAGCUCGGCCUUGUUGGUGUUUUUGCUGGCAUGCCUCCUCUUCUACUGGCAGGAUAUGCUCGCAUUCGACUGGAUACAAAGCUGAACGCAGACAUUGACAAGAGAUUUUCAACAAGUGCUUCCAUAGCGUCCGAGAGUGUCAAUACCAUCCGGACUGUUUCAUCGCUUGCGAUUAAGAAGAAUAUUUUAGAGAAGUAUACCGCGGAAUUAGACAGUGCUGUUUCAGGCUCCACUUUGCGACUUUUCACCAUGAUGAUUUGGUUCUCUCUGACCCAGUCGAUUAAGUUUUUCAUUCUUGCUCUGGGAUUCUGGUGA